AUGUCCAGUGGGGGCAGGUUCGACUUCGAUGAUGGGGGGUCAUACUGUGGAGAGUGGGAGGAGGGGAAGGCCCACGGACGGGGCAUCUGCACCGGGCCCAAGGGCCAGGGCGAGUACUCGGGGUCCUGGAGCAACGGCUUCGAGCUGCUGGGCGUGUACACCUGGCCCAGCGGGAACAACUUCCAGGGCACGUGGGGCCAGGGCAAGCGGCACGGCAUCGGGGUGGAGAACAAGGGGAAGUGGGUGUACAAGGGCGAGUGGACACACGGGUCCAGGGGGCGCUACGGCCUGCGGGAGAGCAUGGGCAGCGGCGCCCGCUACGAGGGCACCUGGAGCAACGGCCUGCAGGACGGCUACGGCACCGAGACCUACUCCGAUGGAGGCACGUAUCAGGGCCAGUGGGUGGGCGGGAUGCGGCACGGCUACGGCGUGCGGCAGAGCGUCCCGUACGGCAUGGCGGCCGUCAUCCGGUCCCCGCUGCGGACGUCCAUAAACUCGCUGCGCUCGGAGCAGGCCAACGGCGCCGCCCUGCACCCGGACACGGCCGGGGCGGGCGUGGCAGCGGGGGGCGGGGCCGCGGCCGGCGGGGGGGCCGGGGCGGGGGCCGCGGGGGCCGGGGGGGUCGGGGCGGGGGGGAGCCCGGCGGUCUCGCGCGGCGGCUUCGUCCUCACGGCGCACAGCGAGGCGGAGCUCCUGCGCAGGAAGAGGCGGGGCCUGUUCCGCCGCUCCAUCCUGGGCGGCCUGAAGCUGCGCAAGUCGGAGUCGCGGAGCUCCAUCACCAGCCAGCACAGCAAGCAGAGCUCCUUCCGCAGCGAGGCCGGCGCCUCCACCUCCGACGCCAACUCCACCGUCAGCCUGGGCGAGGCCGAGGCCGACCUCUCCGUGGCCGAGGACGACCUGGACGCCACCACCACCGAGGUGUACGCCGGCGAGUGGCGCAAUGACAAGCGGGCGGGCUGCGGGGCCAGCCGGCGCUCCGACGGGCUGCGCUACGAGGGCGAGUGGGCGUCCAACAAGCGGCACGGCUACGGCUGCACCACCUUCCCCGACGGCACCAAGGAGGAGGGCAAGUACAAGCUCAACGUGCUGGUGAGCGGCAAGCGCAAGAACCUCAUCCCGCUGCGCGCCAGCAAGAUCCGCGAGAAGGUGGACGCCGCCGUGGAGGCCGCCGAGAAGGCCGCCAACAUGGCCAAGCAGAAGGCCGAGAUCGCCCUGUCCAGGAUGGCCCACGCCCAGGGGAAGGCGAGUGCAGCCUUGGGCGUGGCCCUGAAGGCGCAGGAGGAGUCUCGGCUGGCCAGGGUCACUGCCAAACAGUUCUCCCCCUCCAUCCAUCGCUGCAAGAACGGAGUGGAGCGCCAAAGGCCAAAGCAUCAGACCUCGAACGACAACAGCAUGGAAGCCACGUCCAGCGGCCACAGUCCCGACCUGUACAUGGAGAGCGCGGGGACCCCCAAACUCAGCCCGGACCUGAGCCCCCCCAAACCGCCCCGUGGCCAAGCCAAAGCGCCCCGCGCCACCAAGAGCACCCGCUUCCGCCGUCAAAGUGCCGUGGACGAGGAGAGGGGCGCGGCCGAGAUCCAGGUGCUGAUGGAGCGGUGCGGGCGGGGCCGGCGGGGCCCCCCGCUGGACAGGCACGCCCCUGGGGGGGGGAGCGGGGCCAGCAGCCUCUCCAGCACCUCCUCCCUGCAGGACGAGGCCGGGGGCGGGCACGCCAACGGCUACAGCCACUCUUCUUCCAGUCACGAGUCACGGGACCACGCCCCGUCCGACCACAAGCCCCGGGAGCCCGCCUCUUCCAAUCACAGGUCCCGGGAGCACGUCGCCACCAAUCACAGGUCCUCGUCGGGUCACAAGGCGGCGCGGGAGUGGACCGGCAGGCGGGCGCACAGCGAGAGCCUGGCUCACUCCCAGCUGCUGGAGCAGGACGAGGACAGGCUGACGGGCGAGGCCCCUCCCCUACCGCCCGCCGACCCCGCCUCCCACGCCAAGCCCUGCCCCCUGCAGAGACGGAGGCCCCGGAGCCAGGACGGCAGGGCGGGGGCGGGGGCCUGGCCCCCGGGGGCCCCUGGUCCGUCACAGAAGCCAGAUCUCCCUGUCGCAGCUCUCAGAUCAAAUCAACUCAGCAAAUCAACCCCCAAAUCAAACUUGGGCUACAGCUGUACUCUGGUUGUCAUGGUGAUCUUGCUCAACAUUGGAGUUGCCAUUUUGUUUAUUCAUUUUUUUAUUUAAAUGUAAUGCUGGUUAUCUAUAUUACUAUGAAUAUAUUGCUGUGACUGUUCACCUCUGGCUAGUUUCACUGAAACAGAAAAGAAGGUGACUUAAAGAACACACCCAAAGCUCUGCUUUCUCCAGAGCUCUCUCUGCUUCCACAUGCAUUUUCAUUGCAAAGUCUGGUUUUAAACGAUCCUGUAAAACAUAUUUAUUGAUAUUACAAUAACUACUUUUCUUGAAUUUGUAUUCUUGACUUGCCUUUUUGAUAGUGGUGGUGGUGCUGGUGAUAAUUUGUUUUCUUAAUGGGACUGUGAGUUGAACUCUGGGGUGAACAGUAGUUACAGGAAAGUGAGGCCCCACCGAGCCCUAGUGAAGGGCGGAGCUACCGUGUGAUGUCAUCUUAUGAUCCAAUCAGACUGCUUUGCUCUUCUUAGCAACAUUCUGAUUGGUUUACAUAAUCGUGACACCCCACAGUUCCGCCCAUUUCCGGGUUCGUGAAGUCUGGGACCAUGUUCCAAAACGCAUACUGCCUGCACCGCCAAGAUGCAUGGACGUUUCUGGCUAACAUAUCAUACGCUAUUCCAAAGCUCAAGUACAGAAAAUUAAGCAUAAACAUUCCCUGAACCAUUCUUGUACAUUUGAGACAGAAAAUCAUAGUAUCUACCAACAAAUAUUUUAUCCAAACGUGUCCUUCCAAUAUGCCCUUUCCAUGAGAUGAGAAUUAUACAAAUUCCAAGAAAGAAAAAAAAAAAGCAUUGUUUUGGGUAAGUUUGGACAAAUGUUCACAAAUACAUUGUUUUCUCAACUUACUUGAAAAAAUAAGUAUUAUGAAGGCCUCUUCUGAAACCCUUAAAGGUAUAGUUCGCCAUCUGGAGAGUGUAUAUUAUCUUAGUGCAUGUUUCAAUUGGCCCAGAUAGUUUUUGUGUGCAAUGAAGUUUCUUUUAGAUAUACAGAAGUUUUCCACAAUUUUCUGGCUUUAAUGUGGUUAGUACAGAGGCAUCCACACUUCAAAGAGCUCUAAGCCACUUGUACUGUAUCCUUCAUCACACCCAAAAAUUUUCUGGGAAAAUUGAAAACAAAACCUAAAUAUUUUUUUCAAAACCCAGAAAGUGGAAAAUGGAACUUUCCCUUCAUGGAAAAUGUACACAUGCACUUGUAUGCAACAUACAUAUACGCUCAGUGACCACUUCAUUUCACUUAUUUUUUGGACUGCUGCUGUUACCCAUUCAGUUUAAGGUUGGACAUGUUAUGUGUUCAGAAAUGCUCUUCUGUACACCACUGUUGUAAUGCGUGGUUGAGUUAUCGCCACCUUCCUGUAAGCCAGACCUGGGUCAAAUACAUAAAUGCUUCAGAUUCAAAUACUUUUCUGUGCUUUCUGAGCCUGUAUGGUGUAUUGGAAUAAAAAUAGGAAUAUCAAUCCAGGGCAGAAAAGUAUUUGAAUUCAAAACAAUUACGUAUUUGACCCAGGUCUUCUGUCAGAUUGAACCAGAUCUGGCCAUUCUCCUCUGACCUCUCUUAUUAAUAAGGUUUUUUUUUCUUUGCACCAUUCUCCAUAAAGUCUAUGGAUUGUUGUGAGUGAAAAUCCUGUUUCUGAGAUACUCAAACCACCCCAUCUGGCACCAACAAUCAUUCCACAGCCAAAGUCACUUAAACCACUUACUUUUAUUUAGCUUUGAGUUGCUGCCACAUGAUUGGCUAAUAAGAUGCUUGCAAUAACAUGCUGGUGUACAGGUGUACUUAAUAGGAAGUGGUCACUGAGCGAGCAUAUACGACAGGGGAACUUUAUGGAAAAUGUGUACAUACACCUGUGUGCAACAUAUAUACAGUGGGGUGCACAAAUGUGGACACCCCUGGUUAAAAUGUCUGUUACAACAAAUCUGUAUGUGAUCAGAAGCAAACCUGAACUCUAUUUCGAUUUUCAUUUUUUUACUGUUUAUACUUUUUUUUUUUUUUUUUUUAAGGAAAAGGGCCCUGUGCAAAAGUUUGGGAACCCUUUUGGAUUAUUCUUUGUUACUUUUUAAAAAGAUUAUUAGUAAGGCCCAGACCCAGGUAAUCUACUCGUUAGGGCUUCAAUGAGUCAGGUGAGUAUAAUUCCAGGGCUGAACUCCUUAUAACUCCUUCUGAAGUAUCCAACUGCAGUGGCUGUUCUGUCUGAUGUUAACAACCAUGGCUUCCUCUAAAGUUGUCCAAGAAUUUCGGAAUGAAGAUGGUUAAUUUCCAACAAGAAGGCUACAAAAACUCUCUCAAUGUUUCAAACUACCUACUUCCACUGUCAGAAACAUUAUAAGAAAAUUCAAAAUAAAUGGAACAGUUGAAGACCAAUCAGUUGAAGGCCAGUCGGGAAGACCAAUAAUUUUUUUUAGAUAUCCCCAGAUUUUAACAUUAAUGCCACCACAGUCCCCAGACUUGAAUAUCAUUGAAAAUCUGUGGAGAGAUCUCAAAAAGCCAUAUAUGCAAGGAGGCCAAAGAAUAUUUCUGAGCUAGAAGUGUUCCGCCAGGAAAGACUUGAAAGACUCUUAGCUAGCUACAGAAAGCAUUUACAAGCUGUUAUAGAGUUACAAAGAACUGACAGGGUUCCCAAACUUUUCCCAAAGGCAGGCCUUUUUCCUUUUUUAUUAUUUUGAAACUGUAAAAAAAGAAACAAAAAAAAUCAUUGUGUUUCAGUAUUUGAAGAAAUGUGUCAUGUUUAACAUUGUACCAUUUAGAGCUGAGGUUUGCUUCUGUUCACUUAGAUAUUAAUUGUAAAAGGGGUGAUAUUGGCUCAGAUGGUAAGAGCAGUCGUCUGGUAGUCGGAGGAUUGCCGGUUCGAUUCCUGCCCUGGGUGUGUCGAAGUGUCCCUGAGCAAGACACCUAACCCCCAAAUGAUCCUGAUGAGCUGGUUGGUGCCAUGCACAGCAAAUUUUUGCACACUAAUGUGUAAGUCAUGGGCUAUGGCAAGGUGAUGAUGUGAAAUGUCCAAAUGUAAAGGACUUUGUUCAAAGUGCAAGUUCACGGUGCAAUGGCAUACAAAUUAAGGGCCAGAUUAACUAAGACCUUUAGAAUGUGCAAAACCUUUCAGCAUGCACAACUAAUAACACAACUAACUAUGGGUGCAAAAAAUGUUUUGUUUUGUAUGCAAAAAGGUUUUGCACACCCUGCUGUAAAAUCUAGCUGGGUAUGAGCUGGCCAACCAGCAUGGCCAAGCUGGGUAUGAGCUGGUGUCAACCAGUAUGGCUACACUGGUCAUGAAGCUGUUGUAACUGGGUAUGAGCUGGUCAACCAGCAUGGCUACACUGGUCAUAAAGCUGGUCUAGCUGGGUAUGAGCUGGUCAACCACUUAGUGUCGGUAGCUGAUUGACUAUUUCAAAACAUAGCUUGAGCUGGUCUGAACUGGUCAACCAGCUACCAGCUGUUUCAAAGCGUAGCUUGAGCUGUUUUUUUUUUUUCAGCAGGGCAUGCUAAAGGUCUUCGUAACUCCGGUGCUAAGUGCACAAAGUGCAUAAUAUGCAUACUAACAUUUUGGAGCACAGGAGCAAUUCCCCUGUCUCUACUGAAGAGUGACACGUCGUACGACAGUUCUGACUCCCGCGGCACCCGCUGCUGGCACUGCCCCAUCACCUGAAGACAGGAAGCCACAUCGCGAGGAACGAGCCCCUGAAAGACCCGAACCAGAGCAGCCCUCUGAGACACUGAAACAAGCGAGCGUCUGAAGGGGCUCCACCACUGCAUCCAUCGUCAGCACGGACACCGUGCGGUCACGAGUGCAGUCCUGGAGCCGUUCCUACGGUGUGUUCUCUCGCUCGACAGGGGGGGGAAAACGAUUUCUCAGCCACGCAAAAGGGUCGCGAACAUGACAGGUUUUAAUUUUCACUUAUAUUUGCUUAAAAUUGUGUCCUUACCUUUGCAGAGAACUGACCGACACGGAAGGUAAAUUUAAAGAGUGCUAACGACUCAUCCGUUCAUGUAGUUUUCAUACUGCACUACUCAACAGUGGAAAGCUCCUCCACCUGUGACAGAACUGCAUGUCCCAGCAUGCCCUGCUCCUCCCUCUCUCCCUUACUUCUUUAUUUCAGGGGAGGGGAGGGGGUGGGUGUUUGUUUUCAGUUGUGUGGAGAAAAAUAAUGAAAGUGUUUGAAAGUA